AUGGCGAAACCCGUCGAUUUCGCCAAGAUGGACGUUGAUCCGCCUCAAGACGAAGACGACCCCAUCACCGCCACCUACUCAGUCUUCCUCAACCCAGCCCUCCCCGCCGGCCGCCGCCUACUCGUCCUCCAGCAGCCCAACCGCACCGACUCGCAGCACCCGCGCGCGCCGCCCACCGAGCUGCGCCUCAAGUCCCACGCGGGCAUGGUCGAGGUCGACGUCCCCCUCUCGAGCGACCCCGUCGUGUACGAUCGAGAAAAGGGCCAGCGCUGGGGUCGCAGCCUGCACCAGUCCACGCAGAUGAAGAGCGGUGGCAGUCACGGGCUCGCGGGCGGCUUUGGCUUUGGCGCCGUCCAGCAGAAACAAGGCGGUCGGAAGAAGCAGGAAGAAGAUGACAACGAGCUCAUGAUGGACUGGAACGAGGCGGUGCGCCAGGGCAAGGCGCUGACCACACAGACCCUCGGCGGCCAGUACCCGGACACGAACGAGGUUCAGUACAUGGUGGGCGUGUUUCAGGGCCAGAAUCUGCACAUCACACCCGUCUCGUCGCUCGUCCACCUACGGCCGCAGCUGCACCACAUUGACGCGACGACGCAUCUGGAGAAGAGGGCGGCGGGAGAGGCCAGUGGGACCGCCGGAGCAGGCGGUGCCGGGGCUGGCGCUGCUGGUGCUGCGGGCGGCGCAAAGGCCAUCCACAUGACGAUAAAAACGACGACGGAUGGCGAGGUGGCGACCACGGAGACAAUGGCAGAUCGACUGCGCGCCGUGCAGAGUGAGCCGUGGCGCAAACUGCGCUACACGGACGAAAACGAAGAGGCGGCUUGGGACGUGUACAACGAGUCGCUCUUCUUGCAGAACCCGGCUAGCGGCGAGUCUCCAGCAGACGGGCAAGAGGCGGAGGCCGUCGACAAGGGCAAGAAGAAGGAGAGCGCCUCCGAGGAGGACGAGGUUGAGGCCAAGAAGGCCGCCGUCCCCGAGGAACCCAAGUUGGCUGAGCACGUCCCGCACUUUUCCACCAAAUGGGGCGACAAGGAGCUGCUCGAAGCCAUCAGCGGCAUCAAGAAGCAGGAACCGGACGAGCCCGUGGAAUUUGUCAAGUCAGAGGCCAAGAAGCCUGUGGUGCCCAAAGCCCCUGAACCCGCGGCGGAACCGGCCAGGCCAAAAGCGACGCGGACACGAGGCGGCGCUGCCGUGGCUGGCGCGAGACGCGGUGGGCGGGCGUGA